AUGGCAUUCGACGGUCCGAACAACGGCACUGCAGCAGGGGGCAUCCCCGAAGAAGACUCGGGAAUUCCUCUCCCCUACGUCGAGGGCGAAGCCCACGCACCGCAGAAUCCGGAGCUGCUGCAGCACCAAAUGCCAGCGCCGCAGGCGUUUGAUCAAGAUGGGGUUGUGUCCGGCGACAACAGCGCCAGCGCGCCGGUAGGCGACGAGGCCGCGGUUCCGUUGGGGGGGCAUCCCAUUCCAGAUGAAGGCGCGCGGAACGAGGGAGACAGUGGCUCGCCGCAUCAAGCCUCAGACCCCGAUGACCAGGCCGGCGGCGCGCCUCAGCGCGCGAGCGGCGAAACCGACAAAGAAGUGCAAAUGCGCAAGCUCUUCGUUGGCGGCCUGAGCCGAUCCACGACGACGGAUAGUCUGCGCACGUACUUCCAGCAGUACGGGGACGUCGCGGACAGUGAAGUUCUUUUUGACAAAUUUACCGGCAGGAGCCGCGGCUUCGGUUUCAUCACGUUUACCACGCCGGACCCGAUCGCACGCGUCGCCGACAUGCGCCACACCGUGGACGGAACUCAGGUCGAGGUGCGACGGGCGAUUCCCCGUGAAGAGGCGCGCGACCACGGCGCUGCAGGCGGCGACCGCGAUGCUGGCCGUCUGUUCGUUGGAGGCAUCAGCGACGACGUCAACGACGAAUCGCUCCGCGCGUACUUCCGUCACUACGGCGAGAUCCAAUCCGCCAAUGUGAUGUUUGACAGGCAGAACAACCGGCCGCGAGGCUUCGGUUUCGUCAUCUUCAGAAACCCGGACGACGCGGAGAAGGCGAUCGGCCCCCACAAGAAGCUCGGCGUGCAUUGCGAAGCGAAGCGCGCUCAGCCUCGCCAGAUGAACCGCGAGCGCGGCUCUGGAGGCGGGUGGGGUGGAAGCGGCGGAUACGGUGGUCGCGGCGGCGGCGGAUACGGCGGCGGAAGGGACGGAGGCUACGGCGGCGGCCGCCGAAGAGACUACGGCAACUACGGGCCCCCCGGUGGCGCUGUGGAUCCCUCCUCAGGCUACGGAAUGGGCGGUCCCAGUGGCAUGUAUGGCGCCGGCGGCUAUAGCGGCUACGCGAACUACAACCCGUACUACGCGGCCUACUACGCCCAAAUGGCAGCCUACAGUGCGAUGGGCGGCUACGGCGGCUACAGCAGCGGCGCGAGUGCGCCUGUCUACGGCAUGGGUGGCGAAGAGGGCGGCUAUGGCAGCCCCCCGGCGUCGGGUGGCGCGGAGCGCGGCAACCGCAUGGCGAACCGCUCCACGCCGUACUAA